AGAAUCAAAACCAGAGGAAAAGAUAGAUGAGCAGCAACCAAGUGGUUCUUAUAAUGACAACCAUCAGGUGAACAAUUAAUUAGAGUGACAAUAUCUAGUUUUGAUUUAUAUACAAUUUACUUCAGUAUAUCGGUUAAAUUUAUGUACCAUUUAAAACACGCCUAGGAGUGUUUUGAAUAGCUUCAAACACGACUACGAUAGAUGCCGUUCAUUAGUUAUAUAAAGAAUACUAAUUAGGAUGGACUUUUAUGUAAAGAAUACUAAUGAAGAUGAGUUUUAUAAUCAUGUAUAAAGCCUCUUCACGUGGCAUAUUAUAUCGUUGACAUGAUUUGCCAAUAUAUAAGCUUAUGAAUUAUUAACGAGUGUUUGAAUUAUAUAUAAUUUACUUUAGUGUGUCGGUGAAAUUUAUAUAUAUUUUAAUAUAGAAUUGUGAUACUAAGAUAUGAUUCGAGUGCACAUUACAUAGAAGUGCGUCUGAUUAAGAUAUUAGAAACCGUAGAAUUAUGGCAGACUGCUAACCACCAACCUCAAAUCAUAUUUUGAGGUCAACUGAACUCUUCGAAGUUAGCACAAUUUGUCCAUUAAAAUUGAAUCGUAAAUUAGCUAUACUUAGCCCAUCGAAAACUUGUAGAAUUUACUUUCAAAUGCGAUUUGAAGUUUGUCGUGUGCCGUUAGUUCUCUGCCGUAAACGUCAAUCUUCAGCUCUCUAUUUAACAAUUAGUUUUUUGGGAAAAACAAUUACUGCUCAGAGCAGUUUGAGCAGUAACUAUUGCUGAAAUUAUAAUCUUUUAAUAAACUGUUUUAAUGAUUGAGUGAAGAUUACGCAAUGCAUUGUGAAAAAUGUUACAUUGUGUCGAUGUAAGGAAUGGUGUAAGGUCUUGUUGACAUGAGACUGGAACGAAGUCAAAUCGGGAUGAAAAUUUUCACUAUGUUCACGUGAGGUCGGUGCGAAAAUCACAAAUCUUUCAAUUUAUCCCCCUUGGCCGCCAUUUUCAUUUUUUACCGUGCUUUUGUGAGCAUGCAUUGUUUCUAAGUCACGAGAACAGCCGGGGCCGGUCUGAAAUGUAUUUGUAUUUACAUUCUUUCCAAGGGAAAAUCACAUGAAACCAACAAGUUUUUCCUCGUUUCUACCAUUUCAAGUCAACCACAUCAUACAUUUAAUUGGGGAGAGAAAAUCUCUGCGGUCUGAAGAUAGUCGGUUCGGUUCAGACCGAUCUGAGCAAUUUUUCGUCUUAUCUAUUAUAAAUAAUGCUAUGAACAAAAUGAAAUCGUCUCGGAUUGACUUCGUCCCAUUCUCAUGUAAACGGAGCCUAAAACACGUGGAAGCUAAUUUAUUUUUAUACAAUGAAUAUAUAUUUUGGUUAUUUUUACUAAUCGUGCUGUCCAUUUUUAUUACUAACAUCUAACAUUGGUUUAUCUAUGAUCUUACAUCAAUUAUUUACUAACAUUGGUUUAUUCAUCUGUGUGUCCAGGAUUUUUACUAAUACAUACUAAACUAAUUAACGUUGUUUUGGUAAGUGUGUGAAUAUUUUUGUUUUUAUCGAAGAAAGUUGUAGGUAGUGUUAAUUGAGUGGAGUGGAUCGUUUCUGUUGUGGAUUAAUAUUUUCUGUUUUUCUGAGCUGUAAUUUAGUUGAUAGUUAGUUUAUUGACUAGUUGGUAGUUUAAUUAGUUUAAAUAGUUAUCAUUGUUGUAAUUAGUAAUAGUUAGCCACUUCGUUUGGUGGGUUUUGAAAAUUGUUAGGUACUUCGUUUGGUAGUCAUUUAAUUUCUUAGAUAGAGAGGAUUUCUCGAUCACAUUUAUUAAUAGUUGAUUCCAGUUAUAGACUAAGUUUUGAUCAAGGCAAGAAGAACGAAAUACAACACCACAGCUAGAAAGAGCGUCUUAGAAUAAAACGGCAAAGGUUGCUAAAUGUUGUAAAAUGAAGAUAAUAUAGCCCUGUGAAGUUCGCAAAUUUUGUAUAUAUUUGUAUUACGCGCGGUAAUAAUAACCACUUUCGGUUCAAAAAUGGUUAUUUUUUCCGCGCGUAAUGCAAGUAUGUACAAAAUUUGUGAACUUCACAGGGCUAUAUUUUCCUCAUUUUACAACAAUUCGCAACCAAAUUUUGCAAUUUUACUCAUUUUAAGAUGCUCUUUCCAGCUAUGGUAAUGACUUCGUCUUCUUGUCCAGAUCAAAAUUUCGUAUAUAGCUGGAGUCAUCCAUUGAGCUCUCCCCAAUAUGCCUCCUUGAAAUUUGCCAGAAAUGUUUAAGUCCGGGUUUACAAUAAGUAUCUAAUUGGAGAAAUUGUUUGUUAACCGUGUUAGCAUGGCUGUUCAUGACAUAAAGUCAACAUUUGAUUUACACACGUAAAAAUCUCACAACUUGUCAACAAGAUGUGUUCGCAACAGACUUGUAGUGAGGUUGUCAACAAGUUGUAACAAUGCUGUCAUUUCUUGACAAGUUGUUGAAUUGCAGGACGAUAAUAAAUUGUUGAAACAACUUGUAACAAGCCUGUGUUGAGCUCAACAACCUUGUAGCAAGUUGUCAACAGUUGACAAGGCCGUUGACGACUUGUCAACGAGCAGUGGGAACACACCUGUUGACAAGUUGUUGGAACUGCACUGUGUAUCUGUAAAUAAAAUUGCCCUUCAUAAACAUAGUUCUAACGCAGUUUUUUCUCUCAAUUAUAGUCUGAAUCUAGCAGAAUGGAGACCGAGAUCACCGAAAGCGUGGAGGAAUUUUUGGCUAGUAUAUUAGACACAGCAGUCGACCAAGUUUUGAGAACGCACCUCGCAGGGAGAGAGGUCGAUACUUUGAAUAUCAAAAGCAAUGGUGCGGAUGUAACUUGUACAGAAGGGAAAGAUGCAAUCGGGUCAACUGAGGUCAUGAGCGACAAUUUGCUUGGCGAAACCACAUAUACAUCGAAAUAUUGUAGUUUGGAGGCUGAAAAGAUAUUUCAAGUCGAGACAAAUUCUAUAGAGGAUGAAAUUAAUGAAGAUGUUGUUGUUGAUGAAGAAGAAUUUUGUGCAGCAGAACUAGAAAUGAGAGAAAUAGAGAAAGAGUUGGAAAACGUUCUAGAACAUGUCGAGCUUAAUGCCGAGGAAGGAGAAUUUUGUGAUGAAGUUGCUUCUGGUGAUUCCAAGCAGAACGGCAUUUUCGAUAGCACUGAAGAAGAUGAAGAACAAAUAGAUGAGCCUACAGGUCAACUUGAGAAUGAAACAGUACAUUUUGAGAGAGAAAAGAACGAAGAUAAUGGUAUCGUAACCGAUAAGGAUCAGGAGUCGUUGGUAGAUGAACAGAAUGAAAAGAUAUGUAAUCGUGAAAAUGAAGAAAAAGAUGCAGAUGAUUAUGCCGUACAUGAUCAGGUACUUGAAAUGGACAACGGAGAACUUCGAGCAGAGGAACAAACGAAAACAGUUACGAAGGUAGAUUGUGAUCUUCAGAAUGAAGUCCUGGAAGUUUCAUCAGAGGAACAAACUAAACCAGAUACGAAGGUAGAUUGUGAUCUUCGGAAUGAAGUUCAGGAAGUUUCAGCAGAGGGACAAACGAAAACAGAUACGAAGGUAGAUUGUGAUCUUCAGAAUGAAGUUCUGGAAGUUUCAGCAGAGGAACAAACGAAAACAGAUACGAAGGUAGAUUGUGAUCUUCAGAAUGAAGUCUUGGAAGUUUCAACAGAGGAACAAACGAAAACAGAUACGAAGGUAGAUUGUGAUCUUCAGAAUGAAGUUCUGGAAGUUUCAGCAGAGGAACAAACGAAAACAGAUACGAAGGUAGAUUGUGAUCUUCAGAAUGAAGUCCUGGAAGUUUCAUCCGAGGAACAAACGAAAACAGACACGAAGGUAGAUUGUGAUCUUCAGAAUGAAGUCUUGGAAGUUUCAGCAGAGGAACAAACGAAAACAGAUACGAAGGUAGAUUGUGAUCUUCGGAAUGAAGUCCUGGAAGUUUCAGCAGAGGAACAAACGAAAACAGAUACGAAGGUAGAUUGUGAUCUUCAGAAUGAAGUCCUGGAAGUUUCAUCCGAGGAACAAACGAAAACAGAUACGAAGGUAGAUUGUGAUCUUCAGAAUGAAGUCUUGGAAGUUUCAGCAGAGGAACAAACGAAAACAGAUACGAAGGUAGAUUGUGAUCUUCGGAAUGAAGUUCUGGAAAUUUCAUCCGAGGAACAAACGAAAACAGAUACGAAGGUAGAUUGUGAUCUUCAGAAUGAAGUUCUGGAAGUUUCAUCCGAGGAACAGAGGGACGCAGUUGGAUGUGAAGGCGAAGACGUCGAUCGAAAGGAGUACAUUACAACAGAUGAAAUGGCACCAGAGCAUGGUCCAGAUCAGGGCGAUGAUACAAGCGUUGAUACUGAAGGUCAGUCAAUUACUCAUAAUGAUAUCAAAUCUGAAGAAGGAAGUCCAUGCACAGAAAACGAUGAUGGUAAAGAAGAUCAAGAAAAUGCGGUGGAAGUGUUGGAUAGCGCUGAUAAUAAUAACGAUGUUGUAGAGCAAGAGAGAAAUAAUGAAAGUGAAACUCCUUUUGUCCUUGAUGAAGAAAAUCGAUCUGGCGAUGAAGAAAAUCGAUCUGGCGAUGAAGAAAAUCGAUCUGGCGAUGAAGAAUGUAGCAGAGAGAAUGUUUUAUUCGUGUCCGAAGAACAAGUUGAGGAGGAGAAAGUUGAAAACGGAAAAGACAAAUCUGAUAGUAACGAACACGACAUUAAUGGAGCAAGCAUUUCAGAGCAAGUCGAAUCUCGUGAAGAGACUGAUGAAGAGUUGGAUACGAUCCUUCAAUACUCCAGUACAGAGCAACCUUAUGACGGGCCCGAAAUCAUGGAAAAUGGUAGUCUGCAUACACCAGACACUGAAGAUGAGAGGAAAGUUGAUGAACUGGGCGAAAAUAAUGAGGAAGACAAUGAUGGGUGUUCCAAGCUUUGCGAGGAGAGAAGAACCGAAGAUAAUGCUGAACGAUCUGAUGAAUGUAUUUCUUCUCAAAGCAUUUUGUCAUCUGCUAUCAUUGGAGAUAGAGCUGUGCAAGAGUUACCAGUUGACAAGCAAGAAUCUAAAGAAAACGCCGAUAAUAUAAGUACUGAGGUUUGUUAUUCUGGAUCGUCUAAACUCGACGCUCACACCGGAAGUGUAAAUGGACAGUCGUCUAAAGCAACCGAUUCAUCUGGUUGUAAGGAAGAAGAUUUUGACAACCUUGAACCAAGCGUUGACACUGAAUUGGAGCAAUCUGUCCAGGGUGAUGAAAACAGUUAUGGAAAGGGUGCAAGUAUUAACGGCUCCCUGGAACAACAUGCAGAUAGUAAUCCCAAAGUCAAAGUUGUUGAUAAUGGGAAUGAUGUUGAUGAGGAUGUUGAUGAGGAUGUUGGGCAAUGUGUGGAAUUGGAUAAUACCGAGCGAACAAGCAGUGUUGAUAAACUUACAUUAACAAAAGCCGUUUUAGAUGCUUUGGUUAGCGAUGUUGUUUUGCGUGAGGAUGUCUUGAGUGGCAAUGAGGAUGAUUUAGAUAUUGACUAACUUUGCAUUCAGAACAAAAUACUCGAUUAGAAAACGAUUUAUAUGGUGCACAGCUUAUUAAAAAUUCAGAGUUAUUUAUUUAAGAAAGCUUAUAAUUCCACUAGCCUUUGGACGUUAGUUUUUGUUUGAAGAAAAACUUUGUUUUGACAGUUAAAAGAACUGCACGAAUAUUGUUGAGUUAGGCCUAGUUUUGUUUUGUUAUAAGAGAAAAAACAUUGUAUUUUAAUUAAUUUAAUAUAUAAUAGACUCUUCUGUUUAGUUUUAGUUAAUGAUUAACGGAGUGAUAGCUUAUACUUGUAAAUAUUGAAAUAUUUCGGUUGUUUCGGUAGUUUUAUUGAAAUUUUUCAGCAUAAUCAGCACUAUGAUACCUUACUUCCCAUCAUCCCCUGCAGGCAUAAACUAAAAGCUGGAAUUCAAACGAGAACCGGCGUUGUAUGAGAGUUGACUGGAUAUUACUGUCAAACGAGCAAAAAUAUCAAGAUUUGAACCAUCUCAAAGUUCAAGAGAGUCGAAUUUGGUUUAUACCCUCGUGUUUCGCGCAUUAUAGGGUUAGGGUAGGGUUGGUUGUGGGCAAUUAUCGAGAUUUUGGGCAUCCUAGCCGAUUGACGUUUUGGUAGAUUUAUAUGCAAUUUUCAGACCCAAACGGGAGCACUUGCGGAAAGUGCAACAGUAGAGAUUCUAGCAAGAAUCGACCUUGCGAUUCCGGUGCAGCGCUCUAACCAACUGGGCUACAGAGUUAGUUAGAGUCUUUAUUUCAAGAGGGUAGUACGUAAUAGUGCAAAAGUACUAAUAAACUUGUAGCCCUCUCCUUGAGUCCAGUUGUUAACCACAAGUUUGUAUUUAACAUGUUAUCACGUGUUAAUCAACUAUGUCAAUAGUUUUCUUUUUAGUAUUUAUAAAGAUCUGGCAUUUUAAUAGCUGUCAAAUGGCACCUUUAUGGAAUAAUUGCAAUAAAAAAUGACCAAAUGCA